AUGGCUGAUUCGGGCUGCAACUGCAUCUCCCUGGCCGUCUCCGGCCUGGCCAUCGGCCUCACCACCUACUUCCUCUACGCCCUCUACACCAAAAAGUUCUGCACGAAGGGGCCGCCGAAGCUGCUGGAGAACAAUCAGGAGAAGUACGCCGUGCCCCUCAUCGAGAAGGAGAUCAUCUCCCACGACACUCGCCGCUUCCGCUUCGGCCUGCCCUCCGCCGACCACGUCCUCGGCCUGCCUACCGGCCAGCACAUCAGCACCUCGACGACUCUAGAUGGAAAGCUGGUCGCUCGCUCCUACACGCCGGUCUCUAGCGACGACGACCACGGCCACUUUGACCUGGUGGUGAAGGUGUACUUCGCCAAUGUGCACCCGAACUUCCCCAAAGGCGGGCAGAUGUCGCAGUUUCUCGAACAGAUGGCCAUCGGCGACACCAUCAACGUCCGCGGCCCGAACGGCAACCUGAUCUACAAGGGCCAGGGCAAGUUUGGCGUUCGCAGCAGCGCCAAGUUGCCACACGAGGUGAAGCAGUACUCCAAGGUGGGCAUGAUCGCCGGCGGCACGGGCAUCACCCCCAUGCUGCAGAUCAUCCGCCAGGUCUUCAAGGACGAAAAUGACGGCACGCAGAUCUGGCUGCUGUACGCCAACCAAACUGAGGCGGACAUUCUCCUGCGCAAGGAGCUGGAGGAGGUGAAGGAGAAGCACUCGGAGCGCUUCCAGCUCUGGUACACACUGGACCGACCGCCCACCGAGGGAUGGAACUACAGCAGCGGCUUCAUCAACGCCGAGAUGGUGGAGAAGCACCUGCCGCCACCGGGCCCCGAUACGCUGAUUCUCAUGUGCGGCCCGCCGCCGAUGAUCAAGCACGCCUGUCUGCCCAAUCUGGAGAAGCUGGGCCAUGCGGAGGCGAACCGAUUCGCCUACUGA